AUGGCCACCAAGCGCCCUCGAAGCCCAGAGCUAAUAUCAAACCCAUUCAUCAAGAAGUGCAACCUCGAAUGGUCCCUCGACAUCCCCUCGCACCCACAAGCCGACGAGGAACAAAAAGACGACGAGGAAGCGGGCGGCGGCCCCAGUCUCUCCGCAGCGCUGGAAUCAGGCGCCGCGACGCACCGGGACCCAGCAGCGCACUUCUUCGCGCACCUCGCCGGCGCCGCGCUCGAGCCGUACCCGAAAGACACGCCUCGGCUUCCGCCAGCGGAGUUUCGGCAUCUUUUCGAGCGCAGCGUCGGCUCCGACCGCGGCGCGCAUUUCGUGGUCCACCAGCACGACCACCCCGUCGCCGGCACGCAUUACGACCUCAGGUUGCAGGUCAACGGGGCCAGCAGCGUCAGCUGGGCCGUCAUGUACGGGUUACCCGGCGACCCGAACUCGAAGCGGCUUAAUCGGAACGCGACGGAGACGAGGGUCCAUUGUCUUUGGAACCACGUCGUGGAGACGGGGAGCGCCGAGACGGGGAGUUUGGUGAUUUGGGAUUGCGGGACUUACGAGGUGCUUCCGAGGGUUCGUCCUGGUGUUGUUGAUCCGGAUUCUGGGGGCGAGGAGGCGGAGGAGGAGGAGCGCGAGGACGAGAACGAGGGGACUGAGCAGGAGAAGUUGGCGAGGGCGUUCCGGGAGAGGAAGAUUAGGGUUAGACUGCGUGGAUGGAGGUUGCCGAGGGAUUACGUGUUAAAUUUGAGGUUGACCAAGGGGGAGGAUGCGGAGGGGAGGAGGAAGAGUGCAAGGGCUCUUGGGAAGCCUAGAAGACGGCGGAGGAGAGGGGGCAUCGGGGAGAAGGCGGCGGCGGCUGCUGUCGAGACUAGUUCUGAUGAUGAUGAUGAGGAGGAGGAGCAGAGGCUUGGCGAGACGGAUGUGGUGCCUGAGCCUGGUGGUGGGGAGGGUGAGAAGGGGCUGACGGAGAUGGAGAGGGAGUUGAGGGAGCUGGAGGAUGAGGAGGUGAGGAGGACGAACGCUUAUAAGGGUGCUGAGAAUAGCGUCGGGAGCAUGUAUCAGAGGAGAUGGUAUCUUUCGCUUGAUAGGGAGGGGAGCGGGUUUGUCAAGGGGAGAAGGGGCUGGGUUAGGGAUCGGGAGAAGAAGGAGGAGGAGGAAGAUGACGGGGGGAGUGGGAGGCUGAGGUUCCCUUUCUAUGUAAAGGGGCCGGAGGUUGAGAGGAGCGUUAUAACGGGACGCCUGGGGGAGGAGGUUUUGAGGGACGAAGGUGUUGUGGGGUUCGUGAAGAGGAGGGGUUGGAAACCGGUUUUGAAUUAG